AUGCAGUUGUGGAUCGUUCUAGUCUUGAUCGCCUGUCCCCUGGCCACCCACGGCGACGUGAGGCACCUUGCUCAGGGCGAGGGUGAGGGCGGAGAGCCGCCAAAGGAGCAGCAGGACCCAUCUUCUGGAUUUUAUCCCUCGACUGGACUACCAUUGCCACCGGGCUAUGCCAUUCCAACGGGUGUCAAUCUUCCGCCUUCUGCGGCCCAACCGCCCAACUUCCCGCUGCCGAUCUAUCCGCCAUUCUUUGGCUUUGGCGGUGGCGAACCAGGUCCGGGAUUAGUACCAGGUCCUGGCGCGGUCCCUUCUGCCUAUCCCAAUGGAGUCGCCGGUGGUUUGCCCACAAAUGCCGCCAUUCAGCAGCCAGGAAUUGGUUCAUUCGGAGCCCCCGAGGGAGCUGGUUUUCCCGGUCAGGGAGGAGCUUUUCCCGGACCAGUAGGCGCUUAUCCUGGUCAAGGAGCAGGCUUUCCUCCUCAAGGAGCAGGCUUUCCUCCCCAAGGAGUUCCUUUCGCAGGACAGGGAGGAGCUUUUCCUGGACAGGGAGUGCCUUUCCCAGCACAAGGAGCGGCUUUCCCAGGACAGGGAGCCGUUUUUCCAGGACAAGGAGCUGCGUUUCCUCAAGGAGUACCCUUCCCCGGACAGGGAGUACCUUUCCCCGGACAAGGAGCACCGUUCCCGGGGCAAGGAGCACCCUUCCCCGGACAAGGAACCGCCUUUCCACCACCAGAAUUCCUUUACAAUCAAGGCCUGCCUGUGACCAAUGCCCCCGGAAGCUUCCAACCUGGUUUCAAUGUCCCUGCAGGAUUUGGAGGACCUAUCGGUCCCGGACAACAGUUCCCACCCGGCUUUGGCGGAUCAGCCCCGCCCGGUUACUCCGACGAGCCGCAAAAGGACGAGGAAGCCCCCAAGCCCGUGGAGUCUAGUGUGGCGGCCGACGAUCCCAAGUCCGGAGCAGAUACCAUCUAUGCCACCAAUGGUGGCUAUGUCUACCAAAAAGCCAAAUGA